AUGCCGGGAGUACAUCGAGGUUCGGUGCUCCCUCCCUUGCACUUCAUCACAGUGAUGGACGCAAUAACGGACGAACUCAACAGACAACGUCUACGGACUCUCCGGUAUGCGGAUGAGGUGGUUUUGUUGGCAGAGAGUAGGGGAGAACUUGAAGAAGAGGUGCAAACGUACAUGGAUCGUCGCGUGGUUGGUGCAGCACGUCGCGAAAUUGAAGAAGCGUUUGCGCUGAACGACCAUGAGAUGGACAUGGCGGCUGACUCGCUUGCACCUCAGUUU